AUGUUAAAAAAGGCACGAAAAGGUCGCUCUCGUCUCUGGCUGCAGGAUGGAGAUCCUAGUCAAAAUAGUGCAGCGGCAAAAACAGCAAUGAAAUCCAUACGAGCAAAAUUACUAUCAAUACCGGCACGUAGUCCAGAUCUAAACCCAAUCGAAAAUCUAUUUCACCUCGUUAAAAAUCAACUGAACAAUAAUGCAAUUGUACAAAAUAUAAAGAAAGAAAAUUUUCAAGAAUUUUCCGCACCAGUACAAUCUACGAUACUCAAUUUUGAUAACAUUGUAAUUGACAAAAUCAUUGAAAGCAUGAGUAAUCGCAUUGAACUUGUUGUAAAUAGAAAAGGGAAGAGAAUUCGAUAUUGA